AUGCCACUGAGACAGGCCACACGUGGUGGAGAUUAUCUACCGAUACCUAUUUCAUCAUCUUCAGACUCCUCACCGCCAUCUACUCCGGCACCACUUCCGACUCCUAGCUUUGAGGCUACACCUUCGGGCUCUAACUUUGAGACUGACCCGUCUGAAGGGUCAUAUGAUCAGACACCGGUGCACAUGUCUUUGUCUCCAGACCCGUACUUUAUGGACAUCGAGGUGGAUGUGGUACACGAUAGUCCAGUGCACGAAGAUCAUCCCGCAGCUCCUGCAUCUCCUGCCGCUCAUAUUCCAUCAGCCCCUGCUGCACCUAUUCCGGCAGCACAACCUGAACCAGCGCCAACUGAUCCAGCUAUAAUAGCACUUCUAGAACUGAUGGCUGAGAUGCGUGACGCACAGCGUGCUCAGCCAGCUCCAGUACCUACCACUUCUUAUCCGGACUUCCUGAAGAUAGUCAUGAUUAUGAAGAACUUGGGGACGAAGCAUUACCAGGGAGGCACUGAUCCCUUUGAAGCUGAUGCGUGGCUACACAAUCUCGAGCAGAACUUUGCUGCAACCCGUUGUCCGGACGAAUUCAAGAAGGACGUGGCUGUUUACUAUCUAGAGAAGGACGCCAUCACGUUCGUUCGAAAGUACUUCCCACCGGAAGCCUGUGAUCGAUUGGAGAUUAAAUUCAUGGAGCUAGUUCAGGGAGGAUUAUCUGUUAGGAAGUAUGAGGCAGAAUUCACCCGUCUCAGGAAGUAUGACCACUAUGGUCGGGAGGACGAGAUGAUGAUUAUCCGUAAGUGCCUUCGAGGACUUAACCCAUAUAUCAGAAGCAGACUUGAGGCAGUAGAGUUUCAUAGGCUUGCUGAUCUUGUUGAGCGUGCUGUGAACGUUGAGGAGGCCAUUGCUGCUGAGAGAGCUUCUUCUAGCAAUUCUGCACAACCUAGACGUCCAUCUGUUCCGUUCCAGCCUCAGCUGCAUUCUGCUGUGCAGCGAGGACGGGGAGGUAGAGCUUUUCGGGGAGGUCGUUCUGAAGGUCCUAGACCUAGAACCCCGACUUGUUUCACUUGUGGCCAGCUGGGCCAUGUUAGGAGAGAUUGUCCGACCGUGGGACAGUUCCAACCGGCUGUACCAUCUCAUAUCAAUUGCUUCACGUGUGGAGAGCGAGGACAUUAUGCGCCAUCAUGUCCACGCACUCAUCUUGCUCAGCCUGUUGUUUCGAGGGCUCGACCCGUUGGACCUGUUAACCCACCUUUACCCUUACCUCCUGCUAAGCAUCAAGCCACUGCUGCUAGGGCUUACGCUUUAGAGUUACCAGGACCAUCCAGACCACCUCAGGGUCCGAUUUCAGGGACUUUUCUUGUGGGUGGAAUAUCCGCCCAUAUCUUUUUCGAUUCGGGAGCAACACAUAGUUUUGUAGCUCCCGAAGUAGCAUCCAAAUUUGAUGGAGAAUUCACUAAGGUGAAUUUAUCCAUUCCCUUUCUAACUCCCGGAGAUCAAGUUCUUGAAACUGAAGGCUGUAUUCUAAGAGUUCCAAUCAUUAUCCAAUAUAUGGUUUUUCCGGCUCAUUUGUUUGUUCUCCCAUUAGAGAGGUACGAGGUAAUCUUAGGGAUGGAUUGGCUGUCAAGCUACCGAGCUCACCUUGAUUGUGGUCGAGGGAAGAUUGUUUUCGAGAGAGAUACCCAACCCCCUUUAGCUUACCAUGGCAUAAUACCAAGUGUUGGAGCGUCAUUAGUAUUAGAAUUGAGAAUUGAAAACCUUUUGGAGAAGGGUGAAGAGGUAUACUUAGUGACCUUAGUUGCUGGACCAGUAGAAGACGAGAAACAGCAUAACAUGGAAGAAAUACCAGUAGUCAGAGAAUACGAGGACGUGUUUAAGGUAUUAGAGGGAUUGCCGCUACCUAGGAGUAACCCCUUUAAUAUAACCUUAGAACCCGGAUCCGCUGCAAUAGCAAAGGCACCAUACCGAAUGGCACCAGCCGAACUCACUGAGUUGAAGCAGCAGUUAGCUGAUUUGUUAGACAAAGGUUUCAUACGACCUAGUUCAUCACCAUGGGGAGCACCUGUGCUAUUUGUAAAGAAGAAAGACGGAAGAAUGCAGUUAUGUAUUGAUUAUCGUGGAAUCAAUAACGUAACCAUAAAAGACAAGUACCCACUCCCAGGAAUUGAUGAGCUGUUAGACCAGUUACAAGGCGCAAGCUGGUUUUCGAAGAUUGAUUUAGCUUCGGGUUAUCAUCAGAUUCCGAUUUCCGAAACCGAUAUCAUGAAGACCGCCUUUAGAACCCGCUAUGGACACUUUGAGUUCGUAGUAAUGCCUUUUGGUCUUACCAAUGCCCCAGCUGCAUUUAUGCGACUGAUGAAUGAAGUAUUUCGGGAUUACCUGGACGAGUUUGUUAUCAUAUUCAUUGAUGACAUCCUCAUAUAUUCCCGAAGUACAAAAGAACACAAAAGGCAUCUACGACUAGUUUUGGAGUGUCUGCGAGAUCAAAAGCUUUUUGCUAAGCUUAGUAAGUGUCGUUUAUGGAAAAGAGAAGUUGGCUUCUUAGGACAUCGAGUGUCAGAAGAAGGAGUUGCCAUCGAUCCAGAAAAGAUAGGUGCUAUUAAGGAAUGGCCGCAUCCGACUUCUGUUACCGAGAUUCGAAGUUUUCUCGGAUUGGCCAGCUAUUACAGAAAGUUUUUUCAAGGAUUUGCAAGCGUAUCAAAGCCUUUGACUCGUCUUACCGGUAAAGGGAUUGCUUAUGAAUGGACUAUGGAAACCGACGAAGCAUUCGAAAAGUUAAAAGAAGCUUUGACGACUGCACCUAUCUUAGCCUUGCCUAAGCCUAACCAACCAUACACCGUGUAUACGGAUGCAUCUCAUGUUGGUUUAGGUUGUGUGCUGAUGCAGGACGAUAAGGUGAUCGCCUAUGCAUGUAGGCAACUAAGAAAGCAUGAAGUGAAUUAUUCGACACAUGACCUAGAGAUGGCUGCAGUAGUAUUUGGCCUUCGGAUUUGGCGAUCAUAUUUGUAUGGUGAGAAGAUCCAAGUGUUCACUGACCAUAAAUGCCUUAAGUAUCUUUUCACUCAACCUGAUCUGAACCUAAGGCAAAGACGAUGGAUGGAGUUCGUAGCUGAUUACGACAUGCAGAUCCUAUACCAUCCAGGAAAAGCCAACGUUGUUGCUGAUGCGUUGAGCAGAAAAAAGUUGAUGUAG